AUGAUGAUGGACAAACCAAAGCCCGGAGAAUGCACAAAAGAAGAGGAAGCGGAACAAGUGAAAGCAGAAUGGGAGCCGCAGGACGACAAAACGCUGGACGAACUCAAGCAAGGUAUUGUCACAGGCCCAGUAUUGAAGAGACCCAAUGCAAAGAGACAAUUCUACUUGAAAACGGACUGGUCAAGCAACGCCAUGGGAGCGGUCCUCCCACAAGCGGACACGACAGAAGAAGCAGAGGAAUCAAUGAGGAAAGAGAUCGAAGGAGGAAAAUGCGAGUUUGACAAAUCAAUGUCAAAACUCAGACUCAGACCCAUAGCAUUCAUAUCGAGAAUAUGCAAGGGCAAAGAGCGAGACUGCCAUUCCUUUGUGGGAGAAGCAGUAACAGGUCGAUGGGCGAUGAAGAAGUUCCGACAAUGGCUCAUCGAAAAAGAAUUUACGUGGAUCACGGACUGCAGCGGACUAACCAAGUUCUUUGAAGGCGAAUACGACAUCACACACACACUACAACAGUGGAAACUAGAGAUAUUGACAUUCAUCUUCACUAUAGUUCACAGACCAGCGAAGAUGCUCACAGAAUGCGACCUCCUGUCAAGAUACGAGGGCAUCCUAAGCACAUGGAGGAAUAGGGAAGAAUCCCACACAGACAACCCGAUCAUUGCUGCGGCAUGGAAACUCAGAGAAGACGAAGCCUCGCCCUGGCCCAGACAGCACCUACUACCCACUGUGAAAGGCGAAGGGAUUACAACACGAACAGAACUAGCGCAAAUAUGCAACACAGCAAGAGCAACAUGGAUCAUUGGAAGAUCCCUAGACACCAUCAUGGACAGCUUCGAAUUACUUGGAGGAACCAUCAUGCUAACAGCUAGCACCAGCGAGGAGGAAUAUUGGCAGCUACAACACGACAUACCAAACAUCGAAACGUUUGCCAAAAGGCUGGUCAACAACACAGCACAACCGCCAGUAGAAUGGUUGAUUGUAACCAACAUACAAAUCAACAAACUCGGAGGCCCUUUGCACCAUCAUCAGAAAAGCAACGACACAGGGAGCAACACAAUGCAUACUCAUUUGGACAGGAAAGCCAACCGACAAGAUCAUCGACGAAUGGGAACAAUACAUCAAAAGAGAAACUAG